CAGGGCAGCAGUGUGGGGCGGGGCCAGGCCCUGGCAAGUGAGCGCCACCACCUCCCAGCCACUGCUGCGCUGCAGACACAGGCCGCUUGCACCAUGAAGCGAUCCCUCCUGCCCUGGGCCCUGCUGCUGCUGGCGACAGCCACUGGCCCAGGCCCCCAGCCUACAGCAGGUGCCCUGGGGAGCUGCUCCCACAGAUGUGGGGACCGGAGCGGGCCAUGCUCCUGCCACCCGACCUGCUUUGGGCUGGGCAGCUGCUGCUUGGACAUACGGGACUUCUGCCUGGAGGUCUUGCCCUAUUCGGGCUCCAUGAUGGGCGGCAAGGAUUUGGUGGUGCAGCAUCUCAACUGGUCCAGCCCCAGUGACGGCGUGAUCUGCAGUUUUAAGGAGAGCGUCCAGACCCGAGGCUUAGUGGACUCCGCGGGCCGAGUGCACUGCGUGUCACCCUUGCUCUACGAGACUGGCCGCAUCCCCUUCACGCUCUCCAUGGACAACGGCCGCUCCUUCCUGCGCUCAGGCACCUGGCUGGCUGUGCACCCCAGCAAAGUGUCGGAGUCAGAGAAGAGCCAGCUGGUGAACGAGACCCGCUGGCAGUACUACGGCACCGCCGGCACCCAUGGCAACCUCACCCUGACCUGGAACACCUCGGCUCUGCCUGCCAACUUCAUCACCAUUGAGCUGUGGGGCUAUGAGGAGACAGGGAAGCCAUACUCAGAGGAAUGGACAGCAACGUGGUCCUACCUGUACUCCCUGGCCACAAACAUCCACAACUCUGGCUAUUUCACCUUCACACCAAAACCUGCGCCCCGAAACUACCAGAGAUGGGAAGUGGGAGCCCUCCGCAUCAUCGACAGCAAACACCAUGCAGGGGAGAAGGACGUGCACGCGCUCUGGAGCAAUGAGCACGCGCUGGCCUGGCAUCUGGGUGAUGACUUCCGGGAGGACCCUGUGGCCUGGGCCCGCACUCAGUGCCUGGCCUGGGAGGAGCAGGAGGACCAGCUGCCCGACUUCCUAAAGGAGCUGCCUGACUGCCCCUGCACCCUGGCCCAGGCCCGGGCUGACUCUGGCCGCUUCCACACGGACUAUGGCUGUGACAUCGAGCACGGCAGCGUGUGUACCUACCACCCCGGGGCUGUGCACUGCGUUCGCUCCGUGCAAGCCAGCCCCCGAUAUGGCUCAGGCCAGCAGUGCUGCUACACCGCGGCAGGCAUGCAGCUCCUGACGGCCGACUCCACCGGCGGCAGCACUCCAGACCGCGGCCACGACUGGGGUGCACCCCCAUACCGCGUGCCACCCCGCGUGCCCGGCCUCUCCCACUGGAUCUAUGAUGUCAUCAGCUUCUACCACUGCUGCCUCUGGGCGCCCGAGUGCUCCCGCUACAUGCAGCGGCGGCCCUCCAGUGACUGCCGCAGCUACCAUCCCCCGCGCCUGGCUUCCGCUUUUGGGGACCCACACUUCGUCACCUUUGAUGGCACCAACUACACAUUCAACGGACGUGGCGAGUAUGUGCUGCUGGAGGCUGUGCUGACUGACCUGAGGGUGCAGGCACGGGCCCAGACCAGGACGACACCUGAGGGCUCUCAGGACCGAGGCACUGGGCUGACCGCUGUGGCUGUCCAGGAGGGCAACUCAGACGUGGUGGAGGUCCGGCUGGCCAGGAGGGACGGGGUCUUGCAGGUGCUGCUGAACCAGGAGGUGCUCAGCUUUGCAGAGCAGAGCUGGAUGGACCUAAAGGGCAUGUUCCUGUCAGCAGCUGCUGGGGACAGAGUAUCAGUCAUGCUGUCAUCGGGGGCUGGCCUAGAGGUCAAUGUCCAGGGUCCGUUCCUGAGUGUGACAGUCCUGCUGCCUGAGAAGUUCCUGACCCACACACGAGGCCUCCUGGGGACCCUCAAUGAUGAUCCUACAGAUGACUUCACCAUGCGCAGCGGCCAGGUCCUGCCUCCCAGCACCAGUUCCCGAGAGCUGUUCCAGUUUGGGGCUGACUGGGCCGUGGAGAACGCCUCCUCUCUGCUCACCUAUGACUCGGAGUUCCUGGUCACCAACUUCCUGCUCCGGCCCAAGCACGACUCCACUUUCCUACCCCUCUUCCCAGAGGAGAUCACCUCCGGCCCCAGCCAGGCAGCUGAGGUGGCCGAAUUGUGUGGGGAUAACAUGUUCUGCAGAUUCGACGUGGCAGCCACCGGGAGCACGAAUGUAGGCAAUGCCUCGCGGGUGGCCCACAUGCAGCAUUUGCUUCGUGCACAGAGUCUGCAGCCAGUGGUGUCCUGCGGCAGGCUGGCCCCACCCCUCAAUGGGCGCAAGGAGGGCAUGAGUUACCUGGCGGGCUCCACUGUCCACUUCCGCUGCGACAACGGCUACAGCCUGGCCGGUGCAGAGGCCAGUACCUGCCAGGCUGAUGGCACAUGGUCCAGGCCCACACCUAUGUGCCAGCCAGGACACCGGAGCUAUGCGGUGCUGCUGAGCAUCAUCUUUGGCGGCCUGGCGGUGGUGGCUCUGGUUGCACUCGUCUACGUGUUCCUACGUCGCAGGAAGAGCAGCACGGCCACCUGGGGUUCGCAACCCUGAGGGGAGCACGCUUGGCCAGCAGCACGAGACACAUGGGGCCUCCCUGGGGCCAGAGACGAGCCUUCCAAACUCCCAAGAAUGUGCACCCCAUACUGCACAAAUCUCUAGCACCAUACACCUGGGACCUGGACACCUGAGACCUGAGCCUUUAAUGCCCGUGCACCCUAGGCCUGGUGCCCUGCUCUGUCACCGAAGCCCCGGAUCUUGAGCUCUAACCGUGGAGUUCCAGAAGCUGACACCCAGCACUGUUCCCCAAAAACGGUUCUAAUUCCCCAGGCCGGAGACUCCGUAUGCUUGAAUUCUGAGACCUGUCUCCCGAGCCUGAAUACUCCAGCACCUGCUAUUCAAAGGCCAAUACCUCAGAGUUCCCUGCCUACGACCCUGCUCCCCAGACCUAGGGCCCCAACACGGGAGCCCCAGGGCCGGGCUGCCUUGAUUCCCAGUCCCUGGGCCUGGCCUGAGACUGUAGGUGGGUCCAGCCUUCUGUGAGGAGAGUUACACUCUAAACUCCAGGCUUGUAAUUCUGAGUCUUCUGGAACAUCUGAAACACCCCUCCCUGCUGGAGGAGGAGAAAACAAGCCUGGUGCUCUA